AAACCGUAGCUAGAACUUAGAUGCCUUCAGUGCAGCGCAAGCAUGGGCGAUGGUGUGGCGAAGAAUGGUGCAUAUCGAUAUGACGACGGUACGAAAUAUAUUGGAGAUUGGAAUCGUAAAGGAUUGAAACACGGUGCCGGUUUACUAAUUUUUCCCGAUGGAAUACGAUACGAAGGAGCAUUUCAGAAUGGAUUAUGCUCUGGCUUGGGAGUUAUUGUAUUUCCAGACGGAGCAAAAUAUGAAGGAGAGUUUAUGCAAGGAUGGUUUCAUGGCCACGGAGUAUUUUGGAGAGCUGACGGAAUGAAAUUCGAAGGAGAGUUUCGUGGAGGUCGUGUUUGGGGUUUAGGUUUAGUGACCUAUGCUGACGGAUCGCAUGGAUUUCCGAGAAAUGAAGGUUUUUUUCAAGAUUGCAGAUUAAUGAGGCGACGACGUUGUCCGGACAUAAUGUUCGUAUUUAUUUGCGCUUUGGCCGCGGCCAAUGCCGGCUACAUCGGAAUGCCCUCCGCUUUGCAAUAUCAAAUUGCACCGAUAGCGCACGUUCAACCCCACGCUAUCACGUCGACAUCCGAUAAUAUAUUGCGCAGUCAUGGCAAUUUGGCGCAAAUAGCGACGCAAACGAAGACCAUCGACACGCCGUUCUCCAGUUCGAGCAAAACUGAUAUUCGCGUAAGCAAUCCAGCUCUUACUUACGCGCAACUCGCUCAUCCAGCUACCCCAUUAGCGUACACCGCGGCCGUACGCGCUCCGGCUGCUCUUGGAGUCGCUUAUUCUCCAGCCGUUGAAGUCUCUCACAUGAGCUACAGCAGCCCGAUUGGAAUUGCUUACGCCUAUUAAAUCGAUUACUGGAUCUCUUAAUGUGACACGUAUAUGUUUACUUUCGUAUUUAUUUAAGCUAACACUUAUUUAACUCUUGUAAGUAUGUACGCAAUCAAUUGAUGAUCAUUGCACAUCGAUAAAAACGCAAUAAAAAUUACCUGUUCUU